GGGGGAGUGAGCCCGACUAUAAAGUGCAGCAUUGGCUGCACCCGUCAAGAUGACGCACGCCCAGCACACCUUCCCGCUAAGCCGCAUUCGGCCGAUCUCCAUCUCGCCAACCCCCGAUCUGCCUGGUUUGACCGCCUCCAGACGCCUGGCUCCACGACGUAAUCAUGCCUUCAUUCCCAAAAUAACAUCAUCUGCUGCAAUCCUGGCUGCGUUCCAGCCUCAGGAGCCUUUCGGUCAAGGCAGGAGAGUGACACCCACGUCAUUCUUCACCACAGGGAUCGAUUGGCACAGCAGAGAUUCACCGGGUCGUGCGAUGGCUGUACCUGACGCACAGACGGUUUUCUACCCCAGAUGGAGUCUGAUUGCAGCAGAACAUGUUCGGUAUGACGAUGGUGGCUGGAGUAAAUUCUCAAUUCAUGCUGGGACUGUUGAGAUCAGUCAAUUUCGCUGGGUUCAAACAUACAAGAUAAGGAUUCGAAGUUAUAGAUUUUUUAUACUUAAUACAGAUAUAUAUAUUUAUAUAUGUACAUACUUAUACAUAUAUCAAUUAUAGGAGGAGCUGCAGUGGUCUCAUUUGCUAUGCCAGAACUGAAUGAGAAGCUCUCACAACGCGAAUAAAAAGGAUAGUAUACUACUGCUAGUAGAGUAACUCAACCUAACGCAUGAUCAAAAUACAUAGAUCAU